GCGCACACUUUCCCCUUGACCGGCAGAGGAGGCGGCCAGGCCAGGCGGAGAGAGCCCGGGAGGAGCCGCCGUGGUGGGAGUGCGAGUCAGGACGCACGUGUGAGCGCCCGGGAGAGACGCUCACGCGCUCGCUCCGAGCGGCGGCGGCGGCGGCGGCUCCGGCUCGCUCCUCCCCUCGCGGCGGUGGGUGUUGAAGCUGCUGCUGCCGCCGCGGCUGCUGCUGCUGCUGCCUCUCCCAGCCAUCCAGGCGGGCGGCCGGCCGGCGGCAGCAGCAGCCGCCACAGCUCCAGGAAGGAAGCCGCCGCCGCCGCCUCCCUCUCCUCCUCCUCCAUCCUCGCUGGCUUCUGCCACCCAGCCCGGGCUGCUCCCCUCGCGAACGCCCAGCUUCCCCGCCAGCCCGGGUCUCCUCCUCCUCCGCCGCCGCCGCCGCCUCCUCCUCCCGAUGCGGCUCCAGCCUGCGCUGCUGCCCGGCGACUUCUCCUCCCGCUCCUAGCCGGGCCGGGGGGAGGCGGAUCCGGCGAGGAGGACCAGCGCUGCCGCCGCUGCUGCCUCCCUCCCCGCCGCCGCCGCCGCCGCCAGCGCGAUGGAUCUAUUCGACUUUUUCCGGGACUGGGACUUGGACCAGCCAUGUCACUAUGAACAAGAUCGGAAUGCCCUCAAGAGGAAAGAGUGGGAGAGGAGGAACCAAGAAGUCCAACAGGAUGAGGAUCUCUUUGCAUCUGGCUUUAAUCUCUUUGGGGAACCCUACAAGACUAACAAAGGAGAUGCUCUUGCCAACCGUGUCCAGAAUACGUUGGGGAAUUACGAUGAAAUGAAGGAUUUGCUAACCAACCAUUCUAACCAGAGUCACCUUGUUGGGAUCCCAAAGAACUCGGUGCCGCAAACCCCAGUUGAUAAAAAUGAACAGAGCUUCUUCCCAGAACAAAGGAACCGGAUGAUCCCGCCCCACCAGAUCGGUGGGCACACUUCGGCCUCAAUGCCACCCCCUACUUCUGUGUCAUCAAGUUCCAGUUUGCUGCACGGCCACCAGAGCAGCAGGAAAUCCAGGACUGAUUGGUCACGGGGCAGUCACAGCUCUAACAGUGGCCAGCCAAGUCAAUCCGGUAGCCAGCAGAGUAGGACAAAGCAUAGCAGUUCCCAUGAGCCUGCCCAAGGCAGGUAUGAGGAGCUCUACACGUGUCAGAGUGAACAGCAUAAAACUGGAGGAGCCGAGGAAGCCAACACAACUCCCUCAUCCUCCCAUUCUAGGAGGCAUAACCAUUCAAAAUCGACGGUGGUGGAACACUCUUAUAAAGAAAGCAGCCAUUCGAAAUCUCCAGUGGAUCUUGACUUCCUGACCCAUGUCCCUGGCUCCCCACUUCCUUCAACUUCGUUAUUGUUGGCAAAUAGUCUUUCAACUCCAAACUUUCCUCCAGGACUUCACUGUAAAAGCAGCAUGACACAGCAAAAGCCUACAGCUUAUGUGAGGCCAAUGGAUGGCCAGGACCAAGUCCCAAAUGACUCACCUGAACUGAAACCGCCCAUAGAAUUGGAAAGCAUCUAUGGAAACCAGUCCUUUGGAACGCUGCUGGAAGGAAAGGCCCCUGGAUCCGGCUCUAAGAAUAAACUACCAAAGCUUACUAUCCCACAAGUCAGUGAGGUUAGCCUUCCCAAUGACCCCAACUGUGUGGAGGAAAUAUUACGGGAGAUGACCCAUUCAUGGCCUCCACCUCUCACCGCUAUCCACACCCCUGGGAAGGCAGAACAGAACAAGUUUUCCAUGCCAAGCAAGGUGCAGGAUUCACAGCAUCUGACCUCAGGAUACAGUGUACAAAAAUGGAGCGAGCCCGCAGGCAAAAUUGCAACCAAAUCAGUGCCACAGAAAUCAAUGCUUGAAGACGAUCUGAAACUCAGCAGUGAUGAAGAUGAUAACGAGCAGACUGCAGAGAAGACAAAGCCUCGAAACAUUCCUGUAAAUGGCCUUCCAUUGCCAGCAACACACAGCACAGUCUUAGUACAUUCCAGUGGAGGCUCUGGGAGUUCCAGUGAAUCGGAGAGCAGCUCAGAGUCUGAUUCGGACAGUGAAACCAGCUCCAGUGACAGCGAAUGCAACGAAGAAUCCCGGAGUGGAACUCCAGAGCCUGAGCCCCCUUCAGCUAACAAAUGGCAGUUGGAUAAAUGGUUAAAUAAAGUCAACCCCCACAACAAGACGAUCAUCAACAACCAGCAUGAAAGCCAUGGGGAGAACAGCUUGCAAGCUCAAAGCAACUCACAAAUGGAAGGACAGAGCAAAGGGAAGGUUAACAGCAGCCUCCCGCUGACGGAUCCCAAAGACAGGGCCCUGCGGAGCCCCAUCCGAGAGAAAGCCAAACCCCGCGUCGCCCAGAAAGCUCCAGCAGAAGGGAAAAGUUCAAAGCAGAAAUCGCCAGCUCACAAUGAACCCGCCUCCCAAAGGACUACUGGGAAAAAGCAACCCAAAAAGGUCGAAAGGACUUCCAGUGCCGAAGAUUACAAUUGGCCCAAACCAAAUAUGACCAGCAGCACGCCCAAAGAGAAGGAAACGCAAGAACCCCCAGAGCCUCCCAAAGUUCGCACCAAGGUCACCGCUGGGAAGACUGCUCCAAGGAAAGAGCCGAGAACCAGCAUGGGACCUGCUCCCGAAAAGAAAAAGUACAAAGGCCCCAGCAAGACGGUCCCCAAGUCUCGGGAAUUUGUGGAAACGGAUUCAUCCACCUCCGAUUCAAAUACAGACCAGGAAGAAAGCCUGCAGGCAAAGACCUUGCAGGCCAGCAGCGGCCCCGACAGCAGCAUCAAAGGCAAGGAUUCCAGUAGCAACAUCCUCAGCGUCAGUAGCUUGACCAGCAACAGUAGCAGCACCUCCAUUGACCAAAACGGCAAUGACUUGGAGGAACAGCUUUUCUCACCGAUCCCAAUCGUGCAGAAUGAACCCCUUUCCCCGCUCAAAGAGUUUGAAGAGCUCAAGUACCUUUGGGUGAAAAUAGACCUAAGUUUACUCUCUCGGGUCCCUGGGCAAGAUCCCUUUGAGAGCACCCCCGGGAAGACGGAAGCCCGAGAGGUCAACGCAAAGCACCGGCGGCAGUCCCGAGAAUCCCCAACGCCAGCCCCUGAAAAGCCUUCUGCUAAAUCAAAACGAAAGCACAAGCAGUCUGAAAAUUUGGACACCUUUGGCGAAAACAAGAAACAGCGUCUGGAGGAGUCUUCUGCCUUGUGUUUGCUCCCACCCUGCAUCUCUCCAAUACCCAACCACAGAAUAACCAGUACUAAAGACUGCAGCUCUGUUAAAAAGGUGACAAAGAAAAGGGAAGAGAAGCUCUUUCCACCACCGCUGUCCCCUUUGCUAGAUGAGACGGUGCCCAGACGGAUCAGCAGUGACAACAGCUCCUUUGGCCAAGAGAACAACCUGACAGCCGCCUUGCAAGCCACCACCUGCUCCAAACACAGGAAGAACGAGAACAAGCCCUCUUCCAACCCCAAGGGAAUCUGUGACGAUGACUCCCACAGCAGGCCUGCGAAUGCGCUCCUCGACACCAGCCACCUAGACCAUGACAUCUGGUCCACAGCGCCUGCUUUUGCCAAUGGGAACCCAGAGCCCAGGAGACCGAAAAUCGCAUUUGAUGACAUGCUUCACAAUGCAGAUUACUACAUGCAAGAGGCCAAGAAGUUGAAGCACAAAGCAGAUGCCCUGCUGGAAAAGUUUGGCAAAGCCAUGAAUUAUGCUGACGCUGCCCUUUCCUUCAUCGAGUGUGGGAAUGCUAUGGAGCGCGAUCCAUUAGAAGCAAAAUCUCCAUACACUAUGUACUCGGAGACUGUGGAACUCAUCAGGUAUGCCAUGAGACUCAAGAACUUCACUGGUUCUUCUGCCACGGAAGGAGACAAGAAACUGGCAGUUUUAUGCUACCGAUGCUUAUCCCUUCUCUACCUGAGAAUGUUUAAACUCAAGAAGGACCAUGCUAUGAAGUACUCAAGAUCACUGAUGGAAUACUUUAAGAAUUCUUCCAAAGUAUCGCAAGCUCCUUCCCCUUGGGGAGGAAACGGAAAGAGCACAGAAACGCCGUCACCCAUGUCCCUGAGCCCAUCUUCCAUCAGCUCUCUUGGGAAUGCCACCAGCACUGCAGGGUCCUCCUCGGCGGGGACCAUAACCAUCCCCCAGCGCAUACACCACAUGGCUGCCAGCCACGUCAACAUCACCAACAACGUCCUGCGGAGCUACGAGCACUGGGAUAUGGCCGACAAGCUGGCAAAAGAGAACAAAGAGUUCUUCAUAGACCUGGACUUAGUGAUGGCCCCAUUAACACAACACAGCAGUAUGACCAACCUGGUCCGUUACGUUCGGCAAGGACUCCACUGGCUUCGCAUUGAAGCACACUUGUUGUAGUGACUCUUUCAUCCCAUCCAUCACAGCGCCGCCCUGUUACCUCCGCCAACCCGAAGGUGAUCUUUGGUGGAGGGUCACUCGUUUCCGGAACUGUAUCCAUAGAGCUUAAUUUUUAUUGCCUUUUCUUUUCUUUUUUUCCCUUAAAAACGAAACAAAAAGAAACACAGUCUCCUGUCUUUGAGAAAUGGAACUCACCGUCAGUGGGAAACAGGGCCUGUCGAAUCAGUUUGAAUUCUUCUCUUUGCCUUGCAUCUUCUGGUUCUGCCAACAUCUAAAAUGUGCUUUAUGGGAUGGUAGAUUCCUGGCAGUAUUGCACUGAAGAUAUGGAUUUUGGGGGAAAUGUCUUAAGUCUUUGCGGGCACAUGGGGAAUCGAAAAGCCCUCCCCACGCCCACACACAUAUCAAAACAAAUAUGUAGAGGUUCAACCCAUCCAACUCAAAAUUGCUCUUUGACUGCAAACUCUGGCCCUGGUGCCAUUGCCAGAGACAGGUCAUUGCUAAGAUUCCUGAAACUGUCCCUAAAAACCAGAACAUUGAACAUCUUGUGCAAUCACUCUCACACACACACACACACACACACACACACACUCAUAGAGCGCAAGAUCACAAAAGGCCUUAGGAGAUUUUUAUAUAGAUACCUGAACAAUGACAGUUUGCUUUUACAUUUAAGUUUCUAACACAACAGCACGUGCUGUUUUUAAGCCAGCUCCAGCUCCAGCUUCAGUCCACGCGGUGAUGUUUUGAGCACGGACUGCCUGUACUUUAAGUCUCAUCCAGAUCACUUUAAUUUGAGAGGCCAGGGAGGAACUGGUCAUGUGGCUUCCAGUCUAGAGAAGUGGGGUGUCUCUGCCCGGCUUCCAUCACUCCAUGCAGUGAGCUAGGAGCCUUGAUGAUAAAUGCUGCUGGGAACCAGGGGUACAGAUGGAGGGGAGGCUUGAGAAGCAGAUUUGGGGGAAAGACUUAAAUUUGGGGGAAAGACUUUGGGGUGGGAGAGAAAAAUUUAUCUCUGAUAAUUUAUCUCUAGUUUACAGGUCUAGUGAUGGUAUCAGGAUUCCCCUAGGCUACACCUCCACCACUGUCAGCUAGCAACAUCCACUGGUAUAUGCACUGAGCAACACGCCCCACCCAACCCCAUUCACACUGCAGUCUACACAACUAGCUACUGGCACUCACUCCGGGAGUGUUCCUGGAGCGCAAGAUAUAACACUUCCUGGUUGCCUGCUAGAUGCAUGAGAUGCCACCAUCUAAAGAGCCUUGGAAAGGAAUAGAUAAGACAUGAGUGGACUCCUGCAGUCCCUGUUUCCAAUACUUCCAACAGGAAGAGAUGCCGGUGCAGGGACCCUAUGUAUGGAGCACCAUGAGAUGUAUGGAGCACCUCAUGUUACCUGCACAGCCCGGCAAAUGUGCUCACCUGGCUGGACAGCUGACAGUCCUAGUUCAGAGCAACGGAAACGCCUGUCACUGGUGCAUAACUAGGGCUGAAUUUGUUCCACGACUCAGCCCUAUGUCUGUUUCCAGUGCCAGAGCUAUGCCCUGGAACCGAGGGGGUAGGUGGCAGUGCUCCUGAGCAGGUGCAGAGGGCAUUUCCUUUCCCACUGAGUAACUACAGAGAGCUCUCACACACCAAGGAUGAGGAGGGAGGGCUUUUAGGAUGGUGUUUCCAGAUGGACUUCCUUGUGCCCUGAAUUCUCUUUUUCUAGAAAGCAAACACAGCUCAUAAGCCUCAUAAAUUUGGACCAAUGUAUUCCCAUAUCAGUCUGGAGGAAAAGUGAAUGAAUUAACCAUCCCAAUAAAAUCCUUUUCAUUAUUUUGUAAUUCAUGCAGUACAGGCUGUUUCAUCCUCAUCUGCAAACAGUAAAGAUCCUAAAAACAAAAUUAAUUUAUCCUAAUUAACAAAUUCCAUCAUAUUCUGCUGCGUACUACCAACUCAAACUGUAAAUUUCAUUUCCAACCAACAGGAAUACACUAAUCUCAUGACAAUGUAAAUAUCAUUCUGUGUCACAUCACUCUGGAAUAAUAUUCCAAAUGUGUUAGAUAACAGUUAAGAGGAGAGUUCAUGGUAGCUACAUUCUCUUAUAUAAUCCUAUAUAAUGCUUGGUAACUAGCAUUUCACACUAGUAGGAUUUGAAAACAAACCUUGCAUUUGUGUGAUAAGAGCGUUUUUAAUACUUGAUCCCAGUUCCAAUUUUAAACUAAAUGUCUUCUUGCAUUUUUCAGAGGGGGCGGUGGAUAAUUUAUAUUGUCUGUUAAUCAUGGGUGGCUUUUAAAAAAAAAAUCUACAUUUCAUUCCACUGGAGGUUUGUAGAAAUAUACCCAAUAUAGGAAAUAUGUUGGGCAACCUGGGAUCAAUCUAUGAAAGAGAAUGCCAGAAUACCAGCAUCCUAUCCCAGUGAUCAGCAUUCUGGGUGCAGAAACCGGUUUCCAUUGGUAGAUUUCCCCCUAUAUGUCCAGGCUGAAGUGCAUUGAGGAUAAAACAGAGGUUCUGUAUAUCCUAAAGGCAGUUACUUAUAUGCAACUGGCUGUAAUUCUAACAUCUACUGAUGUAUAUUUGUCCUCCCAGAACCCUCCUGGACCCUUGUUGGAGGUUGAACUCAUUUAGGAAAGUCCUUCCCUUUUCUCACGGAGUAUCUGGGAAUGCAAGAACGAUGGCUAUUAUGGAUUAGGGCCAAGUUUCCCAGCAUAGCACAUAGUAGCCAACCUAUUCUUGUUGUUCUUUAAGAAGUCUCGUAAAGCGCAAGAACAAUGUGUGGGUAGAAGGGAGAUUUUCUUUUUCUGAACGCACAGGCUUUUUUUAGUGUUGUAGAUAAGAUAAUGAUGGGGUCAUGGUAACCAGAGUUUUUCUGCAUUCGACCUUUGCCAGUUGACGUUGACUGGCCUCUUUGGUCCAGCCAAGUGCAUUGUUCUUCCUUGCGAGUUUACUGCAGGCGGAAACCCUAGAUCACGGUGUGCUUGACAAAGAAUAUUUACAACUUGAAAUUCUAUCACGAGAGAAGACAUUUUUCAAAGGGUUAUCUGCAACCACUCAGCGAGAGCGGGGUGUUGGUUUUCUUCCCUGCAAAAUGUAGUAAACGGAUGCCUGUCUCCAAAUUUAGUCUCUUUGCAUAUAUCCAUUACCUAGGCAGAUUAGGGGAGCCUAUCUGGUUUUUUGAUAGUCUGCAUCUUAGGGUUGAUCCAGCACAUGUGCAGGGACCUCUCUUGAUUUCUGUACACCUGGGGAUUCUUUACAUAUUAAAUGGAAGGAGCAGAGAGGAUGGUCAGUACCAUCUGGCGGGACAAAUGCUUAUUGUGGUUUUUGACAAGGUCUGCUCUGCACCCCAAGAGAUGAGAAAGAGUGAUAGCAUUGCAAUAAUUUCAGUUUCCAAUGUGCUAUCAAGCUUCAUUUGUCCUGACCAUCGGACCUUCAGCAGCCAAAUUUUCAGUGGUGUUGUAUUUGCUUUAAUUUAAUGAAUAGUUAUGACAAGUAUUUAUAUAUACCACUGUUCAAAAAAUGUCCCCAAAGGGAAAUAAAUAAAUAAAUUAAUUAAAUAAAAUGGCUCCCUGUCCCCAAAGGGCUCACAAUCUAAAAAAGAAACAUAAGAGAGACCCCAGCAACAGCCACUGGAGGGAUGCUGUGCUGGGGAUGGAGGGGACCAGUUGCUCUCCCCCUGCUCAUUAAAAGAGAAUCACCACUUUUAAAAGGUGUCUCUUUGCUCAGUUAGCAAGGGAAAUGCUUUUUAAAAAAUCUAAACACUGCUUAAGUGUUCCUAAAAUACUAGUAUAGUACUAGUUUAGUCACUUAAAAAAACGCUAUAGAACUUUAUCAAAGUUGUCUGAGGAAUGGAAAUGAAAGUUGCCAGGAAUGUACUCCAAAGAUUACUCCAUGGAGAAAAUGCACCAAUUAGUCCAUUGUUCCCCUGACCCUACCUGACCCUGACCUUGACCCUAGUGCUUUCCUCUGUACAAAAAUGACUGCAAUUGUACCCUAAUCGUUUGCAGGUCGGGCUCAAGAAGGGGUGGUAAGACAGAGAAAGCUGUAAGUGUUAAUUAGUUGUGAGCUGCAUUGAGACGAGGUUAUAGGCAGUAUCAAGAUGUGUUAAAUAAAUAAAUGAAUGCAGCAAUGUGAUCCCCUAUUUUCCAUCCCUGCCGGGUAGGCUUACCAAAAAUCACUGUGAGCACUGAUCCCUUGAGGUGGUACUACUGGCCAAAAUGAGUGGGCCACGGACUACUGGUUACAGAGCAACCCAUUAUCUGUAUCCGUAACAAAUGGAAGCGCCUAGGCACAUACAGAGUGAACAUGCAUAGGACCUAUAAUGGGCAGUCAAUAACCUUGUUGUUCAAGGGUCCUUAAUCCUGUAUUCAGGCCCUAGGCUGUACAUGCCUAGGCUCUUUCACAGGUUAUGCCAAGCAUGCAUAGAAGGCUGGGCCAGCAGGUACAAUCCUGCUCCCCUCCUCCCCCUCAGCAUAACAGCCAACUGUAUGCAUGAACUUGUAGUUACAGGGCAUGGCCAUUUCCCCCCAGUAAUGCACCAGGAAAAGGACUCGGUUUCAUGACAUUGCUUCCUAGCCUGGUACGUUUUAGGUAAGACAAGGGAAUGAAAAGUAACAACUUGAACAUUUCUGCGGCGACUGCCCAGACAUCAGCCAAUUUAUUCAGAAUUUUCAUUUAAAAGUAAGCCCCCCACACACACACCCUCCGAUACUGUUGAUACAGUAUUGAUACGAUUCAGUAUUGUAUUGAAUCUUCUGCCGAUAUCGGAGACAUUUUUCAAAGGAAUUGUUUCCAAUACAAAAUGACCCAAUAAGGCUUGCAUCACUUUGGACCCAGUUAUUAGUCUGAUGUGAGCCCUACUAACUGCAGUCUGGCGUGAUGUCUAAAUUUACACACAAUCGUUGUGGGACUGGUUCUGUCUCCAGAGGACACCAUAUCUAAAGAUGGCAGUGCUGAGCAGAAUAAAAACAAAUGAGAUUAGAUAAGAAGCUCUAAGUCAUAGAUUGCCUCAUUUCAAUAUUAAACCAAGGUUGGGUUCUCAACCAUGAUUAGCAUAAACAAUGCUUCGCUAUGAUGCCUAAGCUAGCUCCAUACCAGCGGGACAUGGGAUUUGAUCUGCUACAUUUCCCCAUGGCAGGGUUCUUCUAAAGGUGCAAGAGUAUAGGGAUGUGCACGGAAUCAGCUGGCCCGGUUUGGUUCAGGUCCGGUCUGGCACCCCUUUGAACCCCCACCCUCGGUUCGGUUCAGUCCGGGAGGGUUCACGAAUUUUUUUGUUUUUAAUUUUUAAAGUCAUUUACCCCCUUCGUGGGAAUUCCUUGAGGCGGCGGUGGGGGGAGUUAUCCAUGGAGGUUCCCCUUUCCCCCAUAGGCCUCCGUUAUCACCCCCUCAGCCAGUUCUUUGGCCCAUUUGAGCCUCCAUAAUUUGGCAUGGCAUCCAUGGCGGCAUCCAUUUUGGAUGCCGCCAUGCAUGCACAAAUUUAUUUAUUUACAUUUUUUAAUAUCCCGCUCUUCCUCCAAGGAGCCCAGAGCGGUGUAUUACAUACUUAAGUUCCUCCUCACGACAACCCUGUGAAGUAGGUUAGGCUGAGAGAGAAGUGACUGGCCCAGAGUCACCCAGAAAGUAUCAUGGCUGAAUGGAGUUUUGAACUUGGGUCUCCCCAGUCCUAGUCCAACCACUACACCAUGCUGGCUCUCUGCAAGGCCGUAGUUCAGUGCAGUGGCCAUUUUGGAUGCCACUGUGCAGGCAUAAAUGGCCUCUGGGAGACCCUGGGUCAUGCCAGGCCUCGCAGAGGCCAUUUGCGCAUGUGCAGCAGCAUCCAAAAUGGCCACCACACCGAACUAUGGAAGCCUGAACAGGCCGAGGAACCAGCCAGAGGGGGUGAUAACAGAGGCCGGCAAGGGGAGGGGACACCUCCGUGGACCCCCCGCCACCGCCUCAAGGAACUCCCACGAAGGGGUUAAGAUUAAAAACAAAAAUCCGCGAACCCCCGAACAGUCCAGAGGUGUUCAGUCUCGGGUUGGACCGAACAGGGGGUGGUUCAGUUCAACCCCAAACCCUCGAACCAAACCGGCUUGACGUCGAACUGGUUCGACACCGAGCCAGUUUGCACACCCCUACAAGAGUAGAGGUUAUUUCUGCAUGCCGGGACUCCAUUUAAAGACACUAGAGUAGAGGCCAUUUUAAUUUAAGAAAAUGUAGCAACCUUGAAAACCAUCCUGACUUCAGUAAAAGUUCCCAUUCACCUGCCUGCAAACCUCAUUGGGAAUAUUGAGCAAGGUUACAACACUGAAUUAUUGCCCUGUUAAACCAAGUGGAUUUCACCCCCUUACCUUUUUCUUUGAAUGAAUGGUAGUUUCUGUCAAUCGUGAAAGUGUAAAUCAGUCACAGUAUAUGGCCGUGACUCCGAAGCUUUACCAAUAUAAGCCUCCGUGGGAAAUGAAAGAGUCCCAGACCUUCAUAGCCCUACUUUUUUGCCAGCUUUCUCUAAUUCUAGAUAAAUGUUUGAAAUGUUAUUUGUGCACAAAAUGUUUACCUAUAGACCAUAUCAAUGAAAUUAGGGUGCCUUGUAAGUAGGGAAAUAUUCUGUGUUUGUGCCAUCAAAAUACUUUGAAAGGUUACAUUAAACAGCACAAUCUAGGAAAGUAACAUUAGAAACUAGGCCUGUGCACAUUCAGAGAAUUCAGAUUCGACACAAUCUGAAUUUGACAAUUUCAGAUUCAGAUUCUGUGGGCUCUUGCAAUGUCAGAUAUAGGAUCAAAUUCAGAAUUCAAAUCUGGAUUCUUAAAUUCAGAUUUCCCCCCAUAGCAGGGAGAAAUAAUUAUGUUAUUUCAAUGGGGACACUGAAAUAAAAAUCACCAACAAUCACUAGUUGGCCCUACAGCCUUGCAACUUGCCACACAUGUGGGGAAGGAGAUCAGGGCACCCUGUAGUGAAUUUGAAGAAAAUUGUUCACUUCCAAUUUCAUUUCUUAACUGUAUGCCCAUCCAUUCAGAAUAUAUAAGAGGAGGAGUAAAGGGGGCAUGCUGUUACCCCUUUCCAUGAAGGCAAAUGGCAGAUUCCUCCACAUGAUGGUGGAAUGAUGUGCCAAGAAGGGUCUUCCUUUUCAGAAGUUUUUUUAAAAGUUCUGACUUGAAACAAGCCAGCUUUCACAAUUUUUAGCCAUUUUAAAAAAAUUACAAAAAUUCACCAAAAAUCAGAGAGUGACCAAUUCUCUUCAAAUUCACUGCAGGGGCCCUGGCCACCUUGUGCAUAUGUGUGGCAAGUCUCAAGGCUCUUUGACCAACCAGUGGUUUUCAGUGAAUUUUUUUUUCUAUUUCCCUACUUACAUCUAUGGGAAGAAAUCCUAUUCCAUUUUGCUAAUUCCAAAAUUCCAAAGUAUUUCUGAAAUUAAUUUUGAUAUUUUGGAAUUCAUGCUAAUUUUACCAAUCCGAUUUUCAGAUUCAUAUUUUACCAAUUUGGGGCAAUUUCAGACAAAAUAUGAAGUUUUGAAUCUAAAUUUGCACAGUUCUAUUAGAAACUGGAAUAAUAUGAUGCCUUCAUAUCUCUGCAGAGUCAAAGACAGAUACGUUACAUAGGCUGGCUUUUGAAGAUGUACAUAUAUGCAAGGUUUGGAAUUUACACAGGACUGUUAAUGAGAACUAUUGGUCCGCUCUAUGAAGGAGUCUGUAUAAUUCAGAAACUUGCAUAGUGCUGCAUAUAUGCAAGCUUUGGAAUAUACAUAAUAUUCUUAAUCAGAAUUUUUUGUCUUUUUGAUGAAGAGACAUGUGUGAUUCAGAACCCUGCACAUUGUUGCAUGUAGAAACAGAAGGAAGCCUAAUGAAAGGUAUAAUCUUACCAGCUAGUAUCUCCUGAGGGCUGAGUCACACAUCAUAUUCACAUUAUUAUUUUUUAAUUAUUAAAACUUUUAUACCGCCCUUCCAAAAGGCUCAGGGUGGUUUACAUUAAAACAUCAUUAAAAUCAGUUAAUAAUUAAAACAAAAAUGAUAAAAGCAUAAAACAAUGAUUAACAAAAACAUUGUAAAACAGCAAUUAAAUAAUCAGACCAAUUUAAAAACAAGUUUUAAAAAGCUGAGAAAGCCUGGUUGAAGAGAUGUGUUUUCAGAAGUUUUUAAAAAAAACUGCCAGAGAUGGGGAGGAUCAUAUCCCAGCAGGGAGCGCAUUCCACAAUCUCGGGGCAGCAGCCAAGAAGGCCCAUCUCUGUGUAGCCACCAAACGAGUUGGUGGCAACUGGAGACGGACCUCCUCAAGUGACCUCAAUGGGUGGUGGGGCUCAUAGCAAAGAAGAUGCUCUCUUAAAUACCCAGGGCCUAAGCCGUUUAGGGCUUUAUAAAUUAUAACUAGCACUUUGUAUUUUGCCCGGAAACCUAUUGGCAGCCAGUGUUGCUCCAUCAACAGAGGAGUAAUGUGGUCUCUCCGAGAUGACCCAGAGACCAACCUGGCUGCCGCAUUCUGAACCAACUGAAGUUUCCGGACUACGUACAAAGGCAGCCCCACGUAGAGCGCAUUACAGAAGUCAAGUCUGGAGGUUACCAACAAAUGUACCACUGUUUUGAGGUCAUUGAUCUCAAGAAACGGGCGCAGCUGGCAUAUCAGCUGCACGCGGCUGGCGUAUCAGGCGAAGCUGAUAGAAAGCACCCAUGGCCUCAACCUGAGAAACCUCAACCUCAACCUGAGAAACCAAGGAGAGACGUUGAUCCAGAAGUAUUCCCAGACUGUGAACCUCUUCCUUUUGGGGAAGUGUGACCCCAUCUAGAACAGGUAGAUCAAAAUUGUCUCUAGAGUUCUGACCCCGCACAAUAAGUACCUCCAUCUUAUCUGGAUUCAGCUUCAGUUUAUUCUCCCUCAUCCAGCCCAUUACUGCUUCCAGGCAGGCAUGUAGGGAUCCCUCAAUGUCUCACUAUUUGAUCUCUUAUCCCUUGAUGAGUCCCAGCUGAAUAUGUGAGCUAUCUCCAUUGAAAAGUAUUAUUAUUUUUAAAUGAGAUAUGGUAUUGGAUCUGUGACUGGCUGUCUCUCAUAUGCAGGUCAACAUUCAGUGUUGCAGUCCGCAAAGUGAUUGACAUACAUUUGUGAACUCACUUUUAUUCUCUGCAGAUACCUUAGAGGUUAACUGAAUGAUCAAACCACCCUGAUCUUAAUACAUUUACUUAGAAGUAAAUAUAAUUGAUCUCAGAGGGACCCACUUUCAAGUAAAUAUGCUUAAGAUUGUGCCCUAUCCCUGGAAUUGCUUCGCACAACCUCCAUUUAUUUCAGCGGGGUUUGGAUGAGAUGCCCUGUGUCUAGAUACAAAGGCCUCUUUGAUUUGAUUUGCAAAGCCUCCCAAGUCUAUGUCUCACAGGCACUCAGCGAAGAUGACAGGUGAUGCCAAACAGAUGACCAUACUAAAUGUAACACAAUACACAUUUCCAUCGCCAAGUUUGAUCGUGUGGUUAGAGCUCAUGAUGUCACUGGGCAAAAACAGAUAGCGGCUAGGAAUACUGUGGCCUCUGUUACAAAUCUAAAGAUUUGCAGAAGAGAUCAAUAAAGAAAAUUGUAGGCACCAACUAGGCAAGCCCCAUUCGUUUUUCUUUUAAUUUAAACCCAUUGAUUUCUAACCUGUUGCCUUCUGCCGUGUGCAGUAGCCCAAACUGCUGCUUAAUGUUUCUGAGGCUCUUGCGUGACCUUUGCUAAAAGGAACCACCAUGGUACGGCUCUUUGCGCACUCCGCUCUCAGGUGGCUUGUUUUGAAUUGCUAACGAAAUCACCUUGUUUUUAAACAUCAGCCAGUGCCAGCAUUGCACUGGGAAGUGGCAAAUUAAAUUCCAGUCUGUCAUAAAAUGUCCUCCCUGUGCAAAUAGCAAUCUUUAGAAACAAAAGCAGUGACCCUAAGGUCAGAGGAGUAUUUCCAAAGCUUAAGUGUUAUUUAAAAGUUUAGAAUAAUUGAAAUCAUGGGCUCUGCUCUCCUGCAUUUCAGCUUCCUGUUCGGGGAGAGGAUUUCCGGGCAAAGGAUCCAUCGCAGGGGUAUCGCUAGGGACUUAAAAGAUCCAGGCUGAGCAUGGGCCAAGAGCACCCUCAUUUUGAUAAUUAAAUCUUGUCAUGCUCUUAUCCCAUUUUUGAUGCUGUUACUAUAUGUACCUGAAUCCAAGACUAGGUUUUUUUCAAGAUUUUUUAUAUUAGAAACCAGGAGGUCAUCUUAAAUUCAUAGUCCUGUUCCUUUUAAAUAAAUGCAGAUAUGACCUGUAUUUCACCUCUACUUUUCAAGGGGGUCAUCUUCAGUUGGGGUAAAUACAGUGUCACCAGUGCAUUCACCAAUGUCAGGAAGCAUGGAGGUCUAGGGCACCAGAAAAUUAAUCCAGGCCAACCUAAUGCUGUGGACAUCGCACAUCCAUUGCAUGUUCCAAGAGGGACUGAACUGGGAUACUGCUGGUUGAGAGGGAUUGUAUUACUGAAUUGGGGGGGAAGGGAAUACUUCUGUGAAAAAGGUGAACCAUAAAUGGUUUUGGUCGCCAUAUUUUCUCUCUCACACACACAUACACACACUCAUCCACUCAUUCACUCACUCACAUCAAGCUGAAACUUCUCCAUGGAGAGCUUUAAUCUUGGCCUUUAUUAGACCGCUUCUCCCCGACAUCAAUUCCCAGGUCUCGUCUUACCAUGAGAUGAACUGUGUGUGUGUAAAAACUUCAGAAGAGAUAGCCAAGCACAUCUGUUACAGAAGCCAAGGGUUUGUGGCCCUUGGCUAACACAUUUGUUAUCGCCCAGUAUCUGCAGACCACACAGUAUAUCCAGGCUACAGUCUUUGUGCCUGUACACAAGCUUAUGCUACAAUAAAUGUGAUAGUCUUUAAGGUGCCACAAGACCUUCUGCUUAUGUUCUUUUUCUGUAGAUUGACAAUCUUAGGUCAAUGUAGAGGAGCAGCUGGAUUGACAUGGUAUAGUACUCUCUUGCUGGUGCCCACCCAGGCAUUCAUUUGGAUGUAUUUGGAUGUGAGGCAGGAGAAUUGGGGUCGCAUUUGCUGGCCCCAAGCAAGCCUAACCUCCAUGCACUCAAGGGUCCAGUGUGUGCAGUCCGUUGCUGUGCACAUGAUCUGUUCUUUCUAUUAUAUGGGUCACACCUACACUCAUUUGGGUGUCUACAUCUAGGCUAUCUGGGAAUGGAACCCUUGAAUUCAUGAGGCCAGGGACUCUGAUGAAUAUCCAAACAGGCCUUCUAUUACCUCAAAAUUUGUAUUAGAGGAGAUGACUUGUUUGGCAGUAUUCUCACACAAAACCAUACCCAACAAGAGGGCAAGUAAAUGUCAUUCCCGUAAAUGACAGCCUUCUCCUGAAUUCUGAGGGGGCUCAACUGCACAAGAGGACUGCACCACAUGCUCGAGGGUUAUUUCACCCUUGGCUGACUUUUGUUGGGGAGCCACCUCAGUUUCAGUCACAGAAAAAGGUAUGAACUCCACGUUUGAAACAUAAAGAUGCAGGAAAAGGCAUUCAGGGGAACAGAAGGGGAAGUUUGCGCUUCAGAGUGGUUCUGUUCUUCCUCUAAGAGAUGUGGAGAUUUGUCUAGAAAACUGGGAGGCUUUUGCACCUGUUUUCCAUGACUGCCAAAAAAUGAAAAGUACUCAGAUUUUGAAAGCAAGAUUAUUGCUUUUCUUUUCUGGGCAUACGUUAUAUGGAAGUAACGCCAGCCACCUGGAUCAGUUGUAUACUCUCUGUCCUGGUUCCUGGAAAGAACAUCAGCAAGGUGACCUCACAGUCUUCUACCAACCAAAGUCAGAUUUGUUUUCUACAUUUAAUUAUAUAACCCCUGAAAUUAGGUGAUAAUUAACUGGGGGGUGGGAGUGCUCCCUCCACUUAGCUUACAUUCUGCCCCAAAUCAUACUUUUUUGUGUGUGGAAAACCAUCCAUCCCAUAAUCUCUUCAAUUCCACAAGGCGCCUUUGUUUGCAACAAGCAUGUUAUUCUUGUAAAGUUUUAAGUAUAAGUUAAGAUGUUUUUGUACAGAUCAAGGUACAGUAACUGUUAACAUGUCCAGCAAUUAUUGAAAUGUUGUAUAGUUCUAAAGUUUCAGUUUCUUUGGUUUUCUUUUUAUGUAAAGACAAAAAUGUAUUCUGCCUGUUUUCUUUGUAUUUCCAACGUGUUGCACAAUUAUGCAUUUUGCGUUUACAUUUUCUUUUUUAAAAAAUCUUUCUGUACAAACAUUCCCAAUGUUGUUUGUUGUUUUUAAACACAAUUGUCUCUGUAUAAAAUGAUAUUGGUUGAACUGGUUCAUUUGUGUCUCUCAUAGAGGGAUUAAUUAUACUGCCAGCGCAUUGAAUUAUUUAAAAAAAAAGGAAAAUAAAAUUUUUAUGAAAAUGUA